CCGCAUGCUUCCUCAGGAGCCAAUACAGAAGAGGAACGGAAAGCUCUUCCUGAGUUCCGGGGUCGGCGGAAGAUGGCGGCCGCCGAGGGGGGUUGGUGUUUGUGGAAAUUAUUGAGGUUUUUUUAUUCAUUAUUCUUUCCUGGGCUAAUUGUAAGUGGAACUUUAUUUGUAUGUUUGGUCAUUUUCCUUUGGGGAAUCAGACUGCUGCUCCAGAGAAAGAAAAAGUCAAUGACAACUAGCAAAAAUGGGAAAAAUCAAAUGGUGAUUGCAUUUUUUCAUCCAUACUGCAAUGCUGGCGGAGGAGGAGAGAGAGUGUUAUGGUGUGCCUUGAGAGCCCUGCAGAAAAAGUAUCCUGACGCGGUUUAUGUUGUUUAUACUGGGGAUGUUAACAUCAGUGGUGACCAGAUACUAGAAGGUGCUUUCAGAAGGUUUAACAUCAGAUUAAUUUACCCGGUGAAGUUUGUUUUCUUAAGGAAGCGCUACCUUGUGGAAGAUUCACUUUAUCCUCACUUCACACUGCUGGGCCAAAGUCUAGGAUCCAUGUUUCUUGGCUGGGAAGCUCUGAUGCAGUGCGUUCCUGAUGUGUACAUCGAUUCCAUGGGCUAUGCCUUCACACUGCCUUUGUUUAAGUAUGUAGGGGGCUGCCGAGUUGGUAGCUAUGUUCAUUAUCCCACCAUCAGCACCGACAUGUUCUCUGUAGUGAAGAAUCAAAAUGUUGGAUUUAAUAAUGCAGCCUUCAUCACCAGGAAUCCUUUUCUCAGCAAAGCAAAGCUCAUCUACUACUAUUUGUUUGCUUUCAUGUAUGGACUCGCUGGGUCCUGCAGUGAUGUCGUCAUGGUCAAUUCUUCUUGGACACUGGCCCAUAUUCUCUCCCUGUGGAAGGUUGGGAACUGUACUAGCAUUGUUUAUCCACCUUGUGAUGUGCAGACUUUCCUGGACAUUUCCUUACAGGAGAAGAAGACAACCCCAGGACACGUGCUGGUUUCUGUUGGCCAGUUCAGGCCUGAAAAGAAUCAUCCUCUGCAGAUCAAAGCCUUCGCGAAAUUGCUCAAUAAGAAGGGGGCGGAGUCACUUCCUUCACUUAAACUCAUCCUCAUUGGGGGCUGUCGUAACAAAGAUGAUGAACUUCGAGUAAAUCAACUGAGAAAGCUUUCUGAGGACCUAGGAGUUCAAGAUGAUGUGGAAUUUAAAAUAAACAUCCCAUUUGAAGAAUUAAAGAAGUAUUUGUCUGAAGCAACAAUUGGUCUUCAUACCAUGUGGAAUGAGCAUUUUGGGAUUGGAAUCGUGGAGUGCAUGGCAGCCGGCACAAUUAUCCUUGCACACAAGUCAGGGGGCCCAAAGCUUGACAUUGUAGUUCCUUACGAAGGAGAUGUGACUGGAUUUCUGGCUGACAGUGAAGAAGCCUAUACUGAGACCAUGGCUCAGAUCCUUUCCAUGCCGGCAGAAAGGAGGCUGCAGAUCAGGAAGAGUGCCCGUGCAUCUGUACGCAGGUUCUCAGAUCAGGAGUUUGAAGUGACAUUCCUAUUGUCUGUGGAGAGGUUAUUUAAAUGAUGCCGCAUCUGCGCAAACGGAAGUGGUUAAACAUCUUCAUGUGUAUAUAUUUUUCUAAACUGAUUCCCUGUGUAAUAAAGUCAGCUUCAGCAAUAUUUGCAGCGGUAUGUACAUAGCCAAGGUAUUUAUUUCAAUGAAAAACAAAAUUACCUACAUGGAAAGGUGAUUUUAUAAAGUGAGUAAAAUGUCUUAAGGUUUAAAUGUAAAAAGUUUAGACUAGUGUUGGCCUCAAAUUCUGGAAAAUAUGAAUCUGAAAGAAAAAAGAUUAACAAUCUUGAAUUUUUGUGUAAUCCAUGUUUUAAAAAUUAUUUUGGUCAAAUCAUUUUACUUUAGAACACAGAGUUAAAGAAAAUGUUAGAAGGAAAAUGGAUCCCUGAUAAUUGAGUAGCACUUCAGAAUUAUCCAGACAUUUCUGGAACACUUAGAAAAAUUCUUGGGCAUUUAAAUUCUAAACAGUAGUAUUGUGGGUCACUCUUGAAUGUACAUAAUGACUUUCUUAAAUGAGAAAAGAAACCUUAAGUAGGCUUAUUUAAUCAUGUUCUAAAAGCAUAGCCAAAAGGUGUGCUGACCACGAUUGUUUUAUGGAUGUGGAAGCGUGGAUGUGGAGGCUAGCGUACUGCCAGCAGUCCUUGCCAUAACAAGGUAUUUGUGAAAAUCGCCUUUGUUUCAUGCUGUAAGCACAUUUGUACCGGCCCUUCACGUUGUCCCUUGGCAGCUCUGCAUCUCAGAGGCUGGCAGUCAGCUCUAAGUCAUUGAUUCAAGAGGUCUGAGUGAGGACAUCCAGACCAGUUGUUCUAUGAGAGUAGACCUAUGGCCUGCGGACCCAUCUGCACAUCACUGUCACCAGCCCAAUGUGUGGUCAGAUGACAAGGGGACAUUCUGCAAAGAGCACUGGACUAGCAAUUAGAAAACCUGGGCCUGACCAUCAUUUAUAAACACUGACUUCUGCCACUCAGUCUUUCUGAGCCUCAGCUGCUUCAUCAUAAUCUGGAUAUUAAUACCCGAUCUUCAGUGCCUUUUAGAGUUGUGGGACUGAGAUUGAAAGUACUUUGGAAAUUAUAAAGUUUACUUUAAUUAAGGUUAACAAUAUAUAGUAAAUGUUUUCUGUAAUCCUAUGUUUAUCAAUGCAUCACAGCUUUAUAUAGAUUCUUGUUUACUAAACCAGUAGUUAGGAAUAAGUAUACAUUUAACAGGACUUCUACCUGGAAAAACUAGUAUGGAAAAGUGACUAUAUGCUUUUUGCAGAUAUGGCUAAAAAGACCAGGGUAUAAGCAGCUUUUGGCAUUUUCUGCGUGGAUAAUCCAUUCCUUCCAGGUGGGUGAAAUGACCUCCUUCACAGUCUGAUACAGUUUAUGUUAGGGGCAUGUUGUUCCUUUCCUCUAACACUCAUCUGUUCAUCUGUCCAGCCAGCUCCAUUAGCUGCUCCCAGCUACACCAGUGGCACAUCUGCAUAGCUCCACGAGCCAUCUUCUGUCACCAGAUCAAAAGGGAGCAAAGCAGAGUCCCAGGAUGUCCUGACACACCAACAUAACUUUGUGCUAGAGAUUAUUCAAUGUAGGAAAAAAAAAACCUGGUGGUAUUUGGAGCUGGAAGGAACCUUACACGUUCGCUAGUUCAGUUUUCUCUUACUUUGAAUUUCAUAGACAAGAACAAUUUAAAUCUAAAGAGCCUACUUAUCUCCUUCAGUGUCACAAAGCUGUUUUAUGACAGAAUCAGGGUUAUAUCCUGGGUCUUCUGACUCACAGCCCAGUGCUUUUUCUUAUAUCUAGUCCUUGAGGUAAGAGUCAUACAUCUGCCCAUUCAGCCUACCCAUCUGCACAAAGAAAAUCAGAGGACUAAAGAUAUAGAUAUUGGAAUGUUAAGAGCAAAAGUAGAAGAUGUAGUGAAGGAAGAAAGGAUUCUGGAAUUCUAUAGUAUGUCUUCUAAACUGUUUCUUCAAAUGGUUUUUAUUUAUCACAAGCAUAUUAGAAAGCACAGUUGGCAUAUAUGUCUACUUUCAAUGUACCUAACGUGAUAUUAAGCAUUUGGCUGCUAACCAAAAGUUCAACAGUUCCAAUCCACCAACCACUCCUUGGAAACCCUAUGGAGCAGUUCUACUCUGUCCUAUAGGGUUGCUAUGAGUCAGAAUCGACUCGACGAAAAUGGGUUCAGUUUUCGGAAAUGUGGUGGGGUGUGUGUGUGUGUGUGUGUGUGUGUGUGUUUCCUGAAUGGCUAAGUGAUACCAUGAAAAGCAUCAAAGCAAUAUGUCAGCUCCUGUCUCUGUAGAGAAUUUCUGUGUGACUGUCAAUUCCUAGAACACGCUGCCUGUGAGUGGUCCAAAUGUGCUAUGUUUUGAAUCCACAGCAGUGGUGGUUCAUGUUUUAUUUCCAGGACUGAGCUAUAAAGUACAUGGUACGUGUGCUUUGUAUAAUAGUCUUCUCCAACUACCUAUUUGCAUCUAAAUAUAAUUUAAAGAACUGAUUUGAUCUAUCCUGGAUGUUUGUCCCAGUGUAGUAUCUUUUAUACCCCUCAUGUAGUCUCUCCAAUUCUGAGUUAUUUAUUAUCUCCUACAAAUAAUUCCAAGUUCCCCAUUCCAAUUAAUUAAAAAAAAAAGACAGUAAAACCAAAACUGCCUGGCCUCUGGUGCCCAAGAAAAAUAGAUUGUCAGGUUUAAUAGAUUUUUUUUAAUGAAUAUUGCAGACAUGCAAAACACUGUAGUGCUUCAUAGAUUUUAUUUUAACUUUCAGGUCCUUAUAGACAACGUUAUGAGAUAGGGGCCAAUGUGAUUAUCAGUGCUUUCAGAGUGUAUGUGUUUAAAUAUACCCUUGACUCCAGAACUAUGAAUAUGAAUAAAUAAAUACCUGAGGGUUUGUCUGUGCUAAAUCUUUCAAUGAGUACAACAAAAAAGUUAACUUCUGUUACAUUACUACAAUAAACUAUACAAGCUGCUAGAAUCAAAUUAUGCCUCUGUAGCUGUCUUGGAAGAAUUACAGCCAGAAUGCUUCUUAGAAUUGAGGAUGUCAAGACUUCAUCUUGCAUACUUUGGUCAUGUUAUCAGAAGGGACCAAUCCCUAGAGAAUGACAUCAUGUUUGGUAAAGUAGGGGUCAGCAAAAAAGAGGAAGACCCUCAACAAGAUGGAUUGACACAGUGGCUGCAACAGUGGGCUCAAACAUAGCAACAAUUGUGAGAAUGGCACAGGACUGGACAGUAUUUCAUUCUGUUGUACAUAAGGUCUCUGUGAGUCAGAACCAACUUGAGGCUCCUAACAACAACAGAAACAAUUUACUCUUCCUUUCCCUCUGCUCCUCUGUAACUCUUGUUCCUCUCCCUACCCUGCCACCCCCUAAGUCGAAGACUUUGAAGAAACAUCAGUUCCAAUAUUCUAAGUGCAAUAUUCUAGUGCUGUGUGCUGGGGGAAAAAGUCUUAGAUUCAGUGUAAAGACACUUAAAAAACAAUGGCUGAUACAGCUGUUGGUACCAUUUAAAGUAUGACCAAUUUUAUAGCUAUCAUACAUGGCAUUCCCUAUAAGCAAGAGGCACGAGUUUAUAAAUGUUUUAUAAAUUCUUUUUAGAUGUUUUUGUGCUUUAAUAAAUACACGCACGUCUGAGCAACUUUCAAAUUAAGUACUAAUCUUCAAAUAAGUCACUGUUUAUUGAGUGCCCCUGCAUUCUCUCUCAACCCCAAGGAACCUGCUGUCAAGAACAAUGCAGCAAAAAAAUGAAACAGGGAACUGAGGGGGCCAACAUGGCUGACUAGGUAGAAGCUACCUCAGAUCCCUCUUGCAACAAAGACUCGGAAAAACAAGUGAAUCGAUCACAUACGUGACAAUCUACGAACCCUGACCAUCAAACACUGAUCUAAAGAGUUGACCUGAGUGACAGAAACUGAGAACGAACAACCACGGGGAGCAGCGACUGUUUUCGGAACCUGGAGCCAGCAUCCCAGUCAGGAAACCUUGGCGCCAGGCUUUGGACUGGGUGCAGGGAAGUUGAGCACGGCAUCCUGAGACGGCGCAAACACAGGACAUAGCCCUAGCCCCCAGCAGUGACCUUGGGGGAAGCCAAGCCAGUAUGUGCAGGCAGCGCAGCGACGCAACUGACAGGAGGAGAAGUCACCGGGAGGCAGUGACUGAUUUUGGACCUGGAGUGCGGCGUCCCAGCCGGGGAACCUUGGCGCUGGUCUUUGGACUGAGAGCGGAGGAACUGACCACGGCUUCUGAGACAGCGCAAGCACAGGAAGUGGGCCCGACCCUCAAGGGCAAUCUCGACCCAGCCAGCGCACACAGUCAACACGCCCCUCGGGAAUCUCAGAUAAAACAGUCAUCCCAAGCAAGAUAAGUAACUUUGUCUAUAUUCCGGGAUGCUACUCUCCUAUUUAUCUGGACCCUCCCC